CGAAAAGGCGAGCAACGGUGCGAUUGUCGGUCGACGCGGGGCAGCCUUCAAGGGGGCCGAUGCGCAAGUCGAAGACGCCGUGCUCCGCGGAAAGUUAGGGCCGAUGCAAUCUCCAUGGCAUUGGGAUUUCUGUUGGUGGCAGCGCUGGUCACAGGAUGCGUGACCCGGGUGUCAUCGGUGAUAUACGUCCCCUAUAUCAUGGAAGAUGCCUGCGAUGGCCUGCCACGCACGGUCCAGCUUCCACCUACCGGUCCCGGCUCGGCCAUCAUCAUGCGUUCCCACCAGGGGGCGCACUACAAGUCUGGCCUCACAUGCAACUUCAUCGUCAAGACGUCCAACGACUACCGCAUUGUGGUCGUCUUCGAGACGAUACAGUUCCCGGGGACCACAGGGAACUGCUCCGAUUCCUUGCUGCUGUCGAACGUCGAAAGCCCGGCCGGCCCAAUAUGCACUUCUGACGUGAAGGAGGUGAUCAGCAAGGGACACAUCAUGAAUGUCACCUGGAGCACGGGAGGUGGAGAGCCCGCGUCCAACAACGAUGGCUUCGAAGCCAUCGUCACUGCCUACAAACCCGGAACUGCGUUCUGCACUUUUAGCCAGUUCAAGUGCGCCAACCACCGCUGCGUCGCCGACAACUUCGCAUGCGACGGCCACAACAACUGCGGCGAUAACAGCGACGAAAAAUGCGACUUCGGGACAAGCUUCUGGCGCUCCUUCGGCUCGAUGUCGGUGAUGAUGAUGGCCAUACUGUUCAUGGGCGUUUGCAUGGUCAUGCCGUUGGUGGCUCGCUCGUGCUUUGGUUCGCCCGAGUCACAGCAACAGCAGCAGUCGACCUGCGUCGUUCAACAAGCCGAUGGCACGUAUCAGGCGGUGAAUGCCUUACCCCCAACUCCUUAUCCCGGCAUGGGCCCCGCCCCGGACGGCUCGCAGCCGCAGCCUCAAAUGAUGAGCCAGUUCACGGGGGCCACGGGUAUACCCGUCAACAUGGAAACCGGCCGGCAGAUGCGCUUUCCAGCACCGCCUCGCGAUCUGGAUAACGUCGACUACCCGCGCACCAUCGUCAACCCUGUGAACCCGAUCGUCAUGAGUUUGACGGACACCUCGGUGCCUUCGCUGCCGGACGCAUUUGGCGAAUCGCAGCCUGCCUUCACAAGCGCCAGGCCGCACCAGCAUCCGGCUCCGCCGCCGGGAUUUGCCGAUCUUCAACAGCCGUUCCGCACUGCUAACGUGCAGAUGCCUCCAAGACAGAGGACGCCUAUGUUCCAACACAGCCACCCACCGUUGAGCCUCUACGACCAGCCGGACCCUUUGCGCCCUUUCCAGGUCUUCGGCAUGGGUGGUGGGCCUUUCGGACCAGUGCCCUUCGGUGGUGGCCCCAUCACCCUCGGCGGACCAAUGGGUAUGCCGUUCGGUGGUCCCAUCGGCCCCUUUCCUCCUAGGAUGCCGGCGCUAAUCAUCAUCGAGACCGGGGACGACGACGACUCGCAGUUCCUAGAUCCACCGGACCCGCGCGGCGGUCUCCUACCGUCCAGCACGAGCUCUUCGAACCAGGAGGCAGUGUUCCCGACACUCUUACUUCAGCGAAGACAGCAGGAAAUGCAGCGGCAGCAACAGCAGCGCGCAGAAGAGGAAGAAGCGCGGGCAGCGAGGCGGCGCCCAAAGCACCGUCACGCAACCGGUGGCGCCGCGAACAUUUCGACACCCACUGGUGACAGCGAAUUCCAGGACGCCCUCCCGGGAAGCAAGGAUGACCACAAAGAAGCCAAGAGACAGCAACGUCAGGUAGGCAAAGCUUCACCGAGAGUUGCACCAGUGACGGGGGCCAUCCCGCAGCCCGCACCACCCCCGAAGACUGCAAACAAGAAGGACGUUGACAAGGACGCCAUCGCGGAAGCCGAAAAGACGGUGAUGCGCGUCGACCGCAUCGAGACCCUAACUUCAGCGGCAGCCGCUCUGCAAAAGAUGGGACUGUUCGGGCGGCCCAUCAGUGCUCCUUCGGGCAACGACUGCAUCGGGCCGGACUCCGUGGUCAUCAGGCGCGCCAAGUCCCAGUGGGAUGCCCCGCUCGACUCUAACCACGAGCAGAACAAGAUCAUCUACGAUCUGCCGUCGAUUUCGACGUACGAGUACGCGAGCGUGUGGUCUAACACGUCCUCCACGUACAGCGAGACGACGUUGACGACCACGGAGACUGACGGGAGCCGGGGCACGCAGCAACAGACGUCGGGUGACGACAGCGACGUGAACUACUUGAGGCCCACCGUUUCGCUGGAGAACAUUACGGUUCUCGACAUGGCUCAACAGCGUGACAAAGAACUAAGAGACCGGCGAGCAGCCAAGAAACGGGAAUAGUUGUUGGAUGUGCCUGACCGCACUUGCACUGAGCGUGUUUUCGAACCUUGCUGAACAGCACUAUGCUUCAAAUUUUUGCUCAGACCCACAGCUAUUAAAUGAGAAGGUGGCCCAACCGUGGAACACAAGGUUUAGCGCAAGCUUCCGCGUUAAUGCCAGCCGCGACAGCAACAAGCGUUCACAUAUACAGGGUGGCCGAAAAAGAGUUAGCGCCCUGGCCACGUGGUGGUGCAUGAGUGUGGGCCGGGUACUGCGUGCAUAAUUAAGAUGUUGCAGCUUUUGCGCUCGCGCACAAGCUGUUUGAACUUAAAGAACGCACGUAACCGGAAAUAAAUUUAGUGCGAAUCGUCAUUGAAGACGCCAUUGUGGCUCUAUUGAUCUGAAAAACAAAACUGCCCCGUGAUCCAUGUUUGCAAUGCAGUAAGCACUUGCUGACAUGUCUGUGUCGUACAGGCGCCAUAGAAUGCAAAUUUAGACAGUAAAUAUUUUGUUGUGCAGUUGGUGUAAGGCUCUGUAAUUUAUUAUUUUAUCCUUUACAGUUAUUUAUAAAUAUGGCAAACCAUGUACAGGCCGGUCCAAGAUGGGUCGACAUAACUAAACACACAUAACGAAGAAAGUAAAUACAUGUCAUUCGGUAACGUGAUCAAAUGUGUAUGACCAUAAAU